AUGCUAGGGUCUCUGGGGCUUUGGGCAUUGUUUCCCACAGCUGUGCAAGCACCCCCAAACAGGCGGACCUGUGUGUUCUUUGAGGCCCCCGGAGUGCAGGGAAGCACAAAGACACUGGGGGAACUGCUAGGUGCAGGACCAGGGCCCCCCAGGGUUAUCCGCUGCCUCUACAGCCACUGCUGCUUUGGGAUCUGGAACCUAACCCAAGACCGGGCACAGGUGGAGAUGCAAGGAUGCCGAGAUAGUGAUGAACCAGGCUGUGAGUCCCUCCAUUGUGACCCAAGCCCGCGAGCCCACCCCAGCCCCUACUCCACUCUCUUCACCUGCUCCUGUGGCACUGACUUCUGCAAUGCCAAUUACAGCCAUCUACCUCCUCCCGGAAUCCCUAGGACUCCUGACUCCCAGGGUCCCCAGGCUGCCCCAGGUGAGUCCAUCUGGAUGGCAGUGGUGCUGCUAGGGCUGUUGUUCCUCCUGCUGCUGCUGCUGGGCAGUAUCAUCUUGGCCCUGCUCCAGCGAAAGGCCUACAGAGUGCAAGGGGGAACAGAGCCAGAGCCAGACUCAGGCAGGGACUGGAGUGAGGAGCUGCCGGAGCUGCCCGAGCUGUGCUUUUCCCAGGUAAUCCGGGAAGGAGGUCACGCAGUUGUGUGGGCUGGACGGCUGCAAGGCAAGCUGGUAGCCAUCAAGGCCUUCCCCCCGAGGGCUGGGGCCCAGUUCCGAGCUGAGAGAGCAUUAUACGAGCUACCAGGCCUACAGCAUGACCAUAUCGUCCGCUUUAUCACCGCCAGCCAGGGGAGCCCUGGCCCCCUGCCCUCUGGGCCCCUACUGGUACUGGAAUUGCACCCCAAGGGCUCCCUGUGCCACUAUUUGACCCAGCACACCAGUGACUGGGGAAGUUCCCUGCGGAUGGCACUGUCCCUGGCCCAGGGCCUGGCAUUUCUACAUGAGGAGCGCUGGCAGGAUGGCCAAUAUAAACCAGGUAUUGCCCAUCGAGAUCUGAGCAGCCAGAAUGUGCUCAUUCGGGAAGAUGGGUCAUGUGCCAUUGGAGACCUGGGCCUUGCCUUGGUACUCCCUGGCCUCAUUCAGCCCCCUGCAUGGGCCCCUACUCAACCCCGAGGCCCAGCUGCCAUCAUGGAGGCGGGCACCCAGAGGUACAUGGCGCCAGAGCUCCUGGACAAGACUCUGGACCUACAGGACUGGGGCACGGCCCUCCGGCGAGCUGAUGUUUACUCUCUGGCUCUGCUCCUGUGGGAAAUCCUGAGCCGCUGCCUAGAUUUGAGGCCUGACAGCAGACCACCACCCUUCCAAUUGGCUUAUGAGGCAGAACUGGGCAGCACCCCUACCACCUGUGAGCUAUGGGCCUUGGCAGUGGAGGAGAGGAGGCGCCCCUACAUCCCAUCUACCUGGUGCUGCUUUGCCACAGACCCCAGCGGGCUGAGGGAGCUCCUUGAGGACUGUUGGGAUGCAGAUCCAGAAGCACGGCUGACAGCUGAGUGUGUACAGCAGCGUCUGGCUGCCCUGGCCUAUCCUCAGGAGCCCCACCCCUUCCCAGAGGGCUAUCCACACAGCUGCCCACCUCUCUGCCCAGAAGACUGUCCUUCAACUCCUACCCCUGCCAUUCUCCCCUGUAGGCCUCAGCUAAGUGCCUCCCACUUCAGUGUUCAGGAAGGCCCUUGUUCCAGGAACCCUCAACCUGCUGGCACCAUUUCUCACGUGUAA